CUUUGGAAGUUGUGUCUCUGGUUGUGGUUUGGAAUUUUGAUCAUGCUUUGCCGUGAAUAUUUGGGGCGCCUACUCAAGGUGCAAGUAGUUCAACCAGCAUGGACGAGACUCAGCUCGCAGGUCAAUAUCGAAAAGUUGGAAGCGGAACAGGACACUACUGAAGUUACUGAGGAUGGGGCAGCUCGGGAGAAAGAGGAGGAGUUGCAGAGGAAACGGAACAAAUCCCGAUUGAAAGAGGCCGACUUCCGCAUGUUGCACGAGGAAAAUCCUUACCCUGAGGCGACGUUUUGGCAUCACGGCACUCUCAAGUACCUUCGAAGGACCUUUGGACGAUAUGGGGCCGCCUCCAAUGUGGAUCCCUCAAUAUGUUGGCCUGUAAAAGCCGAGUUGGAGGAUAGUAUGGAGUACGAGCGAGUGAAAUAUCCCGAGACAGUAACGCAAAUGGUACAGAGAGUCAAUGCAGAAAACGCUGAAAAGGUGCGAAGCGAUAAGCAGCGGCAGGAGGAUAUUGUUAAGAAAAUAGAGAAGAAUGAGCAAUGGAAGAGGGAGUUGUAUGCGAAAAUUGCCAAGAAAGAGGGCGAGGCACUGGAAGCAAAGAUGCGCAAAGACCGAUUAGUUGAGGAGGUGCGAAGGCAUUUUGGGUACACUGUGGACCCCAGGGACGACCGAUUCAAGGAAAUGCUGGAAAAGAAAGAGAAAGAACAGAGAAAGUCGCUGAAGGAGGCUCGCAAAAAAGCGCGCGAGGAGGAAAUGGUGAAAAAGCUGAUGAGCAAACAAGCAAAGACACCAACAGCUCCAAGCGAGUAGGUCAACUGCAAAUAAAACCUGAUUUUAUUCAACAUGUUUAAUGAGAUAUAUCGUAACAGUCCCCCAAAGGGAGUUGAAUACAGUUUCCAAGUCCCAACGAUACUCUGAAUACAAUCAAGAAAUUUGUUUAAGUAGGUUUUUCGAAUAGAUAUAGCUUUUAGCUGGAAUGUCACUUUCAGGCUGUUCACACGUUAAGCCUAUAUUUAAUAAAUACUGUUCCACUUCA